AUGGCUGGAAGAAGUGUUGCUGUUGGACUAGAUCUUAAUGAACCAUUUAUGAAAGAUGAUUCAAUGCUUGAUGAUUUGGAUGAACAACCAUGCAACAACAGUAAACCAACAACCAGAGCAGAAGGAUCAAAAAAUUCAGAGCAAAGCAAUACUGCAGCAAAUGCAAAUACAGAGCAAUCCAAAACAAGAGCCAAUUCAAAUCCAGAACAUAGCAAGCAUGUAAAUCCAGAGCAGAGCAACAUAGGUGCUUCUGCUGAGACGGAAGCUACAACCAGUCAGACACUGUCAAGUGAUGAUUCAGCAGGUGAUGAUGAUGAAGAAGUUCAGUCGACGCCGUGCAGUAAAACUGAAAUCCAAACACCUUUCCCAGGGAUGAAAUUUGAUACAUGGGAGGAGGCAAAGAUGCACUACAACAAAUACGCCCAUAAGAUUGGAUUUUCCAUCAAAUGUAGUACAUCGAAGAACUCAACUCUUGAUGGCCAGAAGGACAAGCAGUUGUUUGUUUGUAACAAGAGUGGGAAAAAUGAGGACAUUAUUCAGCUAGAAGCUCCUCCGGUUCGGCAGAGGAACCGUACCAUCACUAAGAAAACAGAUUGCAAGGCUAGGUUGAGAGUAAAGAGGAAAGGGCAGAAGUGGCAUGUGACAUACUUCAUAGAAGAGCACAAUCACAAAUUGGUUCGGAAGUUCUCCCUGAAAAGUACUUGA